GGGUGUCUCUUCCGUCCAGCUAAUCAAUUCAUCGCCGAGUGGGGGAUACACUGAACGAUUGCCCUUCUCUCUAUCCGUUGUCCUCUGUUCUUCCAUUCCCUUUAUUCAACAAAAAUUCUUCCCCAUUUGCGCCCUCCUUUCUACCCCUUCCCCCAAAAAAUAUGGGGGGUGUUUGCGAUAGUAUAUACGAACUUCCCUUUUUCUUCUCAUCCAAAUGUAGUAAAUUCUUCCUUCCAAAUUGAUAUUUUAUAAGCUUAUAAAGUAGCUAACCGAAAAUAGCAGAUCGAUUCACUUGAUUGGGUUUGAAGGUCAGUUAGGAAGGGGCAACUAGUAUCAUGCUCAGAUGAAUCAUCUUAUUCUUUCAUUUAAAUUUAUAUUAAAUUGCAUUCUAACUUUGUUUUUUUUCAAAUUUCAAACUCUCCUUUUCACUGACCAUUUUGAGCUUUUUUGCUUAUCAGUAUUUUUAAAUUUCAGUCUAAACGGGCUUUCAUAACUUCAUUCCUAUUAUAAUGAGUUUUUGAACUUUCAAUCUUUUUCUUCAUCAAUAUCCGAAUGUUUAAACACAUCAAGAUUUUUGACGUGCCUUGUUUCAGUGGACAAGAUCUCCCAAAUUUUAACAACAAUAAAUGCCAAUACCGCAAUCGCCAAAAACAACGACAAACUCUGGCAACAAAGGGCAACCCUCAGCAAAAUUCCCGGACGGUUCACAGCCUUGAAUUGAGUGCUAACCAAAGAAGGGAACCAUCCUUUAAACUAGAUCGAUGGAGCAUCAAAGUUGAAAAUUUUCAAAAAAAAUUUCCUCGGAAUUUGUCUACUUCCGAUAGAUUAACAACAAAAACUAUAUUUAUUUUAUUAUUUUUGCUAAUUUUAAUUAUUUCAUCAGUACAAAUUAAUGGAGAAGAUCAACAACGAAAACAACAAGAUGAAGCGAUUUUAGCUGUUUUUCGAGAUAGCUAUGAAGGACAUGAAGUGGAAUUACAGAGGAUGGUCAUGGAUAGAUCUACAGGACGCCUUUAUGUUGGAGCUGUUAAUCACUUGUAUGAUUUAUCACCAGAAGGAUUGGCUAUCCGAGAACAUGCUCUAACUGGACCUCGUGCUGAUUCUGUUCUUUGUGCAGGUGAAUUUAAUUUUAAAAAUUUUUUUCAAUUUUUGAAUUUAAUUUUAUGA